CCCAGUUUCUUCUUCGACUAAGCUUUAAUUUCAAGCCCUUCGUCUGUCUUCUCACCCGAACACAAAACCUUCAUGCCAUGCAGUCUUCAAACCGGCUCAAUCCUAGCCGUCUGAUUGAUUUCACGGUCAAAGAUCUGACGGUGGACAAGCUGCGGCUCAUCGAAGUUCCGGAUAACGCCACUCUAGCAGACGCCUUAAACGCCAUGGUAAAGCAUGCUUAAAUCAUAUUCUUUUUGUUGCAUGACUGACCGGUUGAACAAGAAAGCUAUUAACACCAAAGUCGUUGUUUUGUAUCAAACCGAUGGCAAACCGAGUAAGAGCGGUGCCCGUGGCUGCGGUACCAGGGCAGUGGUUGGGGGCUGGAGGAUCCAUGAUAGUUGAGUCGGACAAAGAGACCGGAAGGGCAAAGAAACAGUACAUAGGAAUGGUGACAAUGCUGGAUGUUGUGGCUCACAUCGCCGAAGAGGAGGAAGAGAAUGGGCUUGAUAAGAAAAUGGCUGCUCAUGUCUCUUCUGUCAUUGGUCAUUGCCCUGAGGGUCGAAGCUUAUGGUCUCUCAACCCCAAUACCAGCAUAAUGGAUUGUAUGGAGAUUCUGAGCAAAGGAAUACACAGAGUAUUGGUUCCAUUGGACAGUAACGUAGAGAAUACCUCAGGACCUGAGUUGGUAGAGUCAGCCUCUGCUUACACAAUGCUGACUCAGAUGGAUCUAGUCUCCUUCUUCCUCGACCAAUCAUCCCAUCUCCAAGCUAUCCUCUCCUGCACUGUCACUGACCUCUCCGCUGUAAACGACAACGUUUUAGCCAUCACUAGCAAGGCCAGAGUAAAAGAUGCAGUUAAAUGCAUGAGUAUGGCAAUGCUAAACGCCGUGCCUAUCGUUGAAUCCUCCAGCGAUGAAGAGGAUCAUACACAGCUCGUGGACGGGAAAAACCGGAGGGUGGUGGGGACUUUCUCGGCGAGUGAUCUGAAGGGAUGUCAUUUAGCCACGUUGCGUUCUUGGUUGCCAUUAAACGCGCUUGAAUUCGCCGAGAACAUACCAAGAACCCCUUUGUUCGCAUCAGCACCUGCGAGGGAGCUCGUGACAUGUCACGUGACAUCUACCUUGGUUCAAGUGAUCCGUAUGGCCACCACGAGACGUGUACACAGAGUUUGGGUCGUGGACAAGAACGAUGGGCUGCAAGGUCUCGUUUCUCUUACUGACAUUAUCGCUGCAGUCCGAGCCGCUAUCUCUACCUCCUAAUUUCGUCUUUCUCUUCUUCUAUUAUUGCAAUCUACUUUUAUUUGUUUUCCUUUCAAGAACAACUUCCACACUUCUACUUCUUUUUUUCUAUGUACUAGCAUGUUUUAUCAAUCUAGUUAACCCAUUAAGAAUGA